UCUGUCUCUCUCUCUGUCUGUCUGUCUGUCUGUCUGUGUCUCUGUCUGUCUGUCUGUCUGUCUGUUAAAACUAAGCACAAAGCGUUCUGUUACCAUGGAGACGACUGAAGCCCAGUUCAGCGCACUGCAGAGGAUAGUCAACAAAACCCUGCAACAAUGUCCCGGUCUCCAUAUCCUCCUGGAGCCAACCUCAACCCAGCUGAACACUUCAGAAACACGAGGAGGAUCAUUGCUGAAGAUCCGGACUGGUCCCUGAGUAUAGUGCCUUGUUUAUCAGACCUCUGUCUGCAAAGCAUUGUGGGAAACUUUGAGGAAAACCCCAUAUUUGAAGACCUUACACCCAUCCACAAAGACUUUGUGCAGGAGAGACUGUCUACUGCUCUGCCCCUGCAUGUGACAGCUAAUUUGAUCAGUGAUGGUGUUUAUUGGAAGCGGUGCUGCGAGCAGCGGUGGGACCUUUGUGACAUCACUAAUUAUGGCAACAGCUGGAAACGAAUGUUCUUUGAGAGGCACAUGGAGAACAUUAUUGAGCUUUUCAUCCCAGAUGUAACAAAGCCAAAUAGAGUUGAAGAGAUGGUACCUCUUUGUAAGAACUACAUCAAGAGGCUGGACAUCUCACAACUCCUGCCGCCUAUCAAGGAGACCCAGAAGGAGGAGGAGGACGAGGACGAGGAGGAAUAUGGCUCAGAGUCGGCAAGUGACAAUGAGUACAUCAGACCGUCUACGGACCACUUUGACUUUAACAUCCUGCUCAACCAGCUGACAAACCUGGAAGAGCUCCAUUUAGUGUACAGGGUCAAACAAUGUGGUAUGAACUUUGAAUGGAAUAUGUUUGAGAUGACCGACAGAGAUUGUGAGUCCCUCGCCGAGGCCAUCAAGUCCUGUAAGACUUUGAAGCUUCUAAGGCUCCAUCAAAGCCACAUCGAGGAUAAUAAGUGCCGGCUGCUUGUGAAAUACCUCUUGGACCACCCGUCCCUGAGGGAGCUCGACUUCUCUCACAACCUGAUCGGAGACAAAGGAGCCAGAGCCAUCGGAAAGCUGCUCACCCGGAGUAAACUGGAGACCCUGAACAUGUGCGACAACAAUAUCAGAGGCCCCGGAGCCAAAGCUAUAGCUUAUGCCUUGUCCAUGAACUCCACCCUUUUGUCACUCAACCUACGUCUCAACCGUUUGAGAGAUGAGGGGGGGCAGGCUAUCGCCAAGGCCUUGCUGAACAACAACACCCUGCUUCACCUGCACCUGGGAGGCAAUGAGGUAACAAGGCCUACUGCCAUCUGCCUGUCUAAAGCUCUUGUUGAGAAAAGCACCCUGAAGAGCAUCAAUCUCUCUUGCAACAACCUUGGUGUGGAUGGAGGUAGAGCUCUGGAAGAGGCCUUGUCCAACAACACAAGCCUAACAGAAUGUGAUGUGCGUCUGGCGGAGGUUGACGAGCAGAGCGCUUCCUUCAUCAACCAGGUGGUUCGGACCAACCAGAGUCUCCAAAAGAGACGCACGCGAGAGAAUAAAACCAAGGAAACAUCAUGAGCUUAUUUUUGAAAUACAAACCCCAUCUUAAUUAUUCUUUGAUUCCUGUUUUCCUGUAUUCAUGAAGCCACGGAGCACAGUCGCCGUAAGGUAACAAACAUUUAACAAAAUGUCAUCACUAAAUAUAGUCCUAUUGUUCAUAGUAAGAUCUAUCUACCCUACACACUUACCAUUUGUCAGCUUUACAUUUUCGUGCCCAUUUUGAAAUUUGACGGUGUAUAUUUUCCAUCCACACAUAAUUGGCUCAUGAAUGAUGUAAUUUCACACCAGGAUGUCUCUAUUAUCUUAUCCCUUAUUGCAUCCGGUACUAUAACUAUAACGUGUAAAAAGUAUAAGUACAAACACAUUGGUUAUAUGUCUCAUUAGCACAGACAUAGAUCCAGUUUACAAAAAGCAAAACAUGUAUUCUAAUCAAUAAUAAU